AUGGAUGCCCCCCAGAAGCCCUCCCUCUUCGCCUCCCUCUCCCUCCCCCGCACAUCCCGCCACAAAGAGCCCCUCGCCCACCCCCUCCUCGCAGCAUCCUCCCCCACACUCGCCGACGACACCCCGCCCACCGCCCCUCCCAACCUCCGCCACAAGUCAUCCGGCUCAUGGUCAAAGUCUUCUCCCCCCGACACACUUCCGCUGCCGUACAAGCCGAGGCAAAGACACGGCGGCGGUAUAGGGUCCGUCAGCAGCACAAAUAGCAUUAUCGGGACAUCCGCUGGCGGGUCGUCGCCUACGCUACAGCCCGCUGCUCUGCCAGGCAGCAACGCACCGCCAUCCCCAGUCACACCAACAGCCGUAUCGGCCCCGCCCACAACAUCCACUUCCACCUCGACGACAUUUGCUCUCCCACCUUCCCAUUCGGAUCCUCCUGCCCAGGCGAACGAGUCGGCGGUACCUAUCACCGCAAGCGCUACCGGCACGAGCUCUCUCACAAGUCGGUUGCAGCUGCAAAGCCUCAAGGCUGCAGCCCAAGGUGUAGGGCUUGGUAACGGGAGUAUGGGGAUGUCUAUGAUCGAUGCCAUCUUUGACAAGGGACAGUUGGGACGGGCAAAGAUGGGAGAGGGUGGCGAUUGGGGCGAGCUGUUGCGUAUCCUCAUAGGCGGCCAGGCCAUUCUGCUACUUCCCACAACACCCUCUUCAUCGCUUCCCAUGACACCACAAACGUUGAGAGAUCACGUUACAUUCAUCUCCCCUCCUGUCCAUUCGGGAGAACAAGAAUCCGUCAGCGUCAUCGUCACGCUUUCUGGUCUUAUCGGGACCCUCAAGGGUCGUAAUAUCACUAUAGAAUCUGCAAUACCACCAGACUCGCCUCUGUUGCGCUCGCUGAAAGACCCCGCGACUCGCCAGUCCAUACUUGCAUCCCUUCGCCCGGCCCAAACACCAUCCUCGGCAUUCCCUUGCUUGACCCUCUCUCCAGAGUCAGCUGUGCUGUCUUUCCCCCCGCCUUCCAAAGCACCGCCUCCUCACACUCCGGAAACAAAAGAAAAGGAGAAGGCUCAACCUGGCAAACUCGGGCGAAUCAACCCUUUCGCUUCAUUGUUUGGCGGUGGAGGGUCAAAUCACGCUAGCCCGGUACAUGACAAUAAAGCGCUUGCGACUUCUCCACUGCUUCGCCCGGAAGCUCUCCAACCUGAUGUGCUAUCUCCCCCGCGCUCUCGGCCUUCUUCUCCUGGUCCGUUGAGCCCAAAGCCAUCUACAAUCAACCUCGAAGCAGACGCCUCUUCCAUAAUGUCUGAUUCAAACCGCAACGGCGAAGGGUUUACCGUAUCAGCAUACACUGUUUCCAAAACAAUACGUUUCCACGAGACCCACAAGGCGCUCUCCAAAAGUGUGAGGGUGCAUAUCAAAGAGAGCUUGGCGGGUCUUCCCGAGAAAGCAGUGGACAAGGUGGUGAGGUUGGGGGUAGCCAAUGUUUGUCCUACUCCCCAGGGAUCCGAGGAGCUGCUCAAGGGGCACAAGUCGGGACAUCAUGGGGUGGACCUGGAUAGUAUCCUGGCUCUCAACUUUAGCGACCCCGUCGAGACUGGCGAGAGACUGCAAGAUUUCAUGGAAAGCAUAUACGAUGAUCUGUUUACACAGUAUCGGCAAGAUGCGAGCGAAGGAUUGAAAAGAAAAGCCAGUGGGGGAUCGUGGGCCAGGUCGCAGCCACAGGAGAAGGAGGGCGAGAACGAAAAGGAUCCAAAGGCGAGAAAGGAAAAAGAGAGGAGAGAGUUUGAAGAGAUGAUUGAAAAGGAAGCAAGUGAUGGGACGGAGCGCGUAGAGGGAUUGUUGGCGAGGCUGCUGUACAAUAGACUCUUCUCCCCCUGGGAAUCCGACGAUUCGCGGCAUGAUGAAGCAUUGGCUUCCCGGAUAGCCGCGCUCAACAUGCUGGACCUGUCACUCGAUCAUUUGGGGUUGAUCACACAGCCGGAUGGAGAAGAACCCGAGGGCACCAUUGCAAACGGACUCUACAAUAUUGUAGAGUCUAUCGGCGAUGAGUUACAGAAGCUGAGCCGGGCAGACUGUCUUACACCAAAGGCAAAGACUGACGUCCUCAUCAAAGCUCACAAGAUUGUUGUCGAUGGUCUUGACAACCUUCCUGCAGUGCAACUUCGGCCAGAAGGCGAGUCAUAUAAAAAAACUAAAGAGCCGCCUUUGAUUCCUGAGGAUCCCACUAUCCUUGAACCUCUGCCUCUAACCCAGACUUCGUCCCGCUCCUCAAAUUCAUCAAAGAGAUCAUCAAACUCUAAUAAUCCCAGUACCAUGACUAGACAAAGCUCUGCAUCCUCUGGCGACAGAUCGGUGAAAUCGGCUGUGAGCGACCCUCUAUCUGUCUCGGCGGUCGACGACGUCGAAGCUACCCCUCAGGCCGCUGUCCUGAAUCCUGAUCUCAACAAGAGCCCAUCGGUGCCCCAGCUGGUGCUGGAUGAUGACGAGACUUCCGAACCUGCUGAGGAGGCACAGCUUGCCGAAGCAAUGUCGGAUUCUGUCACCACUUUGACAGAAACCUCGUCUUCUGUGCCCCCUCCAAAGCCACAGUCCACCAAAGCAGGUACCACUUCCGGUGCCGACCUCAUGUUACCCAUCAUAAUUUACGCCGUCGUCAAAUCCAAUCCCCCCCAGCUCGCCUCUCAGCUUAUGUACCUCCGUCGCUACCGCUCUGCCAUCUGCCUUACUGGCGAAGCAAGCUACGCCAUUGUCAACUUGACUGCCGUGGUCGAGUUCCUGGAGCAUGUAAACUUGAAUGAGCUCGGGCUCGGAGGCGAGGAGGACAAGGUGAUGAGUAUAGACGACUUGUCGCCCAUCGGGCUGGGAUAUAUGGCCGAGGGGAAUGUAGAUGCGGCCAGCAUUGCCAGUGCCUCUUCUCGUCUCAGAGGAAGAGUUGGAGAAUUUGCUGGUACGGCGGCAGGCUCGGCCAACAAGGUCAUCAGCGAGGUCAUGGACUCGUCUUGGUCUGCCUUCAGAGGUUUCAUGGGCAACAACAACGUCGCUCUCAACGGCGAAGUAGAUGAAAACGCCUUGGCGACUUCUGCGGAAGGAACAAGGCCGGGUAUGCGCCCACGCCAAGCAUCGACGUUUUCUCUUGCGAGCGUGACUGCAAGCGUGGCGGGUAUUGCAGCUGCUGCGGCAGCCCGCAAUCGCUCACGAGCCACGUCACGAGCGAGCGAGCAAGUUUGGGGCGGUACUCAGGAGCUAGUAGAAGUGAGCUCGAGGCCGGGGUCGAUCCGGGAAAGGGAGAGUGAUUACCCUUCGAGUGACGAAGAAAGUAGCGAGGAAGAUGAGGAGAGUAGUGAAGAAGAGGAGCCUGAACUAAAGGAGAAGGGAAAGGGGCAACCGCAAGAUGGGAAAGAGAAAGAUGAUACACCCAAGCAGGAGAGGGUCAGCUUGAGUAAUCGACUUGCGUCCAUAGGUGUGCUGGGUAGGCUCGGCAGCUCGUCAAACACACCCCCUGGCGACAGUACCCCUGCGGAGGCCCAUCCAGUCAACAAGUUCUUUUUCCAGAAUCACAAUCAUCCUCGUGCUCAUGGCGCUAGUGACCAAGGUCAUGGGCGCCGGUCAUCCCUUCUCGGCGGCAACCCAAUCGAGUCACAUCUGACGAGAGCCGCCAACUCGCCAAAGGGAAGCACUGCCUCGCUUUCAUUAUCCAAUUCUGGUGAUGCUCUCGAGCCUCCCAUCGAGCGGUUUAUGACCUGUGAAGCUGGAGACAUCCGCGUCUCCGAGAUAGGAGUCCUCUUGAGAGACUAUCGACGACUCGGGGCCAUUGUCGACGCGCUGAACAAACAGACAGGUAUAUAG